GUCAAAGUAAAGUUCUGCACCUCUUUAUCACCAUACCCACAACAAAUCGAGCCUAAAUCUGCUCUGCCUUUAGCCUGUCACUCCACGCUGGACUGCCUGACAGCAUUUCAAGAUGUUCUUGAUGCAAAGGCGCACGCCUGCAACCAUGACUGUCUGGGUGUGCCGCGGUCAGGAGAGUCCGCUAUCUUUCAUGCUGAGUGAAUGGGGCGACCCUCUAUGUCAGGACCUUCGUGAUUAACCUUGUGGAUGCCUGAUGAUCAGGAAUCCCUACCUGAUCAAUGAAUCAGGCAAGCGUCCUAUCGGGUACAAAGAACCUCCAGAGAUCACACUAAUCUCUAGACAGCGCUGCUUCUAUCGGCAAAGUCGGGGUGGAGAACACCUUGAUCCUACCGAUAGCUAUCGACUGAUCGGCAAGUGCAACAAAUGCUACCCCAUAUCACUGGACCGACCCUGGCUCAGAGGACUUUCACUGCGGGUGUUCGCUAGAGUCCAUAAGUAGCACGGAGCUGCACCAGCUCACCUUUACUUCAACGUUAUCUCUUUCUCGCAAACUCCAUCGCAUGCGCUGACGAUAUGACGCUUCAACAUCUGGAUAGAGUUCUGCUACUUUGCAGCCUUCUCCUUGGUAUUGUGUCAGCACGUCGUGAUGUCGCUCACCGGAGAGGCUUCACGCCGCAGGCAAUGGAAGAAAUGCGAGCUCGCUCUCUGCUAGGCCGUGAGACUGCGGCGGCAUCGGAGCGACUGUACUACACCAACAAGACCAAGAAAUACUUCGUGGAAUCAUUGCCUGAGGUCCCACAAAGCUUUAUGACUGAAAUGUAUAGCGGGGUCAUUCCCCUGAACAUGUCCGAUGACAGUCGUGGUAUGUUCUUUGUUUACCAGCCUCGCGUUGGCCCGCCGGUCAAGGAGGUCACCAUUUGGUUCAACGGAGGGCCCGGAUGCAGCUCGCUUGAAGCCUUUCUGCAGGAAAAUGGCCGCAUUCAAUGGGCUUGGGGACAGUAUUCCCCGACCAUCAACCCAUAUUCCUGGGUCAACUUGACAAACAUGCUCUGGGUCGAGUAUCCCAUUGGUGUGGGGUUCUCACCUGGCGAUGCAACCGCCACGGACGAAGAAGGACCCGCACUUGAAUUUGUGGAGUUCUUCAGAAACUUCCAAACAAUCUUUAACAUCAGCAACUACUCGAUCUAUGUGACCGGCGAAUCGUACGCGGGGCGCUACGUACCCUAUGUAGCAAACGCCAUGCUCGACCAGAACGACACCACACAUUUCAAUGUCUCUGGCGCACUUGUGUAUGAUCCUUGUAUCGGCUCCUGGCCCACAGCCAAUGCGUUAUCCGUAUACCCUUGGAUCCAGCAGAACAACAACAUCAUGGGCUUCAAUCAGUCGUAUGUCUCGAAGCUGGCAGACAUGGACCAAAAAUGUGGUUAUUCCCAGUACCGCAAGAAUUUCAUGCACUUCCCGCCCAACGGUACUCAACCACCAACGUACUUGAACACUACCGCGGAUCCAGGCUGUGAUCUCUGGGAUAGCGUGUACGAUACCGCAUACUCUGUCAAUCCUUGCUUCAACGUUUACGAGCCGAACCUGCAGUGUCCGCUCCUGUCUGAUCCCCUCGGUUUCCCUUCGGAUCUAAUCUACUCAUAUCCUGGACUGCCGCCUUAUUUCAAUCGCACAGACGUCAAGAAGGCGAUGCACGCUCCAUUGACGACUGACUGGGAACUAUGCACGGGGCCGGUGUUCGUCGCUGAAGAUAAUGGUCCAGAAGACGAGAAUGAUCUGAGUGCAGACCCAAUCCAGAUGGUGCUGCCUCGCGUUAUUGAGGCAACGAAUCGUGUUCUCGUGUAUGUUCCCUAUGUGCAUCGCUUAAAAAAAAUCAGAUCUGAGCUAACACCUACCGUUAGGUCUAAUGGCGACCUUGACCUUGAAAUCUUGACCAACGGUACACUUCUUGCGAUCCAGAAUAUGACAUGGAAUGGCAAGCUGGGUUUCCAGUCCGCGCCUUCUAAGCCGAUCUCGAUCAGGAUACCAGAUGUCCAGUACCAAGAGGUAUUCGUGUCAAGCGGGUUCGGUGGCCUGGAUGGACCGACUCAAGGCAUCAUGGGCAUUCAGCACUACGAGCGAGGACUCAUGUGGGCGGAGACGUAUCUGAGUGGACACAUGCAGCCACAAUUCCAGCCCCGGAGCUCGUAUCGGCAUUUGCAGUGGCUACUGGGCAGGAUCGAUGCGCUCUAAGCUGGGAUGUAGCAGCAGGAAUGGUCACGAAAAGCAUGAACACGAAAUACUCUUUUCCUGAUAAAGCCAGUACAUACUUAGCACACAAUCGCAUCAAGAGUGUACAGGAAACCAUCCGAGUCUCCUGCUCCGUUCCUCG